AUGAUCCCACGCGAUUCCGACAAAUCGCCAACGAAAACCCCUGGUGUCAGCUUCGGUCUAGGCCAGGAGGAGGCAGCUUUGGACGAUUUCGAUACACAAAGCCAUGCAAGCUCCCGCGAUCCCGGUAACACACAAACGGCCGACCCCGCGCUAGGCGCGGACAACGGCACAUUAGACCAACGAGAUGAUCGCAACGGCCCGUCUAAUUCUGAACCUCUAAACGACGAAGACAAACCGGCUUGGAGCGAGAUGAAGACCAAGGCUGGGAAGGAGCGAAAGCGCCUGCCGCUGGCAUGCAUCGCGUGCCGUCGCAAGAAAAUCCGCUGCUCGGGCGAGAAACCUGCCUGCAAGCACUGCACGCGCUCCAGGAUUCCCUGUGUAUAUAAAGUUACUACACGGAAGGCAGCGCCGCGCACGGAUUACAUGGCCAUGCUGGACAAGCGACUGAAGAGGAUGGAAGAUCGCGUAAUCAAGACAAUACCCAAGGAGGAGACGAGGGAUAUGGUCUCUAUUGGAAGAUCAGUUGUCAAGCCUUCUGCCUCAGCUCAGCCAUUAAAAGCACAGAAGAAAAGAAGUGCGGAGGAGGCAUUUGCGGCAGAGAUGGAGGAAUGGACUCGUGAGGAUGGCGGCCCACCACACGAGACGUUCCCGCUGAAUCGUGAGAUCAAACCCACCGAUGGGACUGGUCUUCUGACCGAGGGAGCCGAAUUUUUGCCAUCAUUGGAGAUUCAAGAGCAUCUCGCGGAGGUGUUUUUUGAUUGUGUCUACGGGCAAUCAUACCUGUUAUUACACAAACCCAGCUUUAUGCGACGGCUUAAAGCAGGCACAAUUCCCCCUGUCCUGAUUCUUGCUGUCUGUGCCGUGUCUGCGCGGUUCUCCACACACCCUCAACUCAACUCGGAUCCGCCAUUCUUACGUGGAGAAAACUGGGCUAAUCCCGCUGCGGCCAUUGCUCUGAGCCGGCAUGACGAGCCAAAUAUUACCAUUCUCACGGUUUUCUUACUUCUUGGUCUCCAUGAGUUUGGAACCUGCCACGGUGGACGAAGUUGGUCUUUUGGAGGUCAGGCAUUACGGAUGGCAUACGCGUUGCAGCUCCAUCAGGAGCUUGAUCAUGAUCCAUUACUCAGUCAAAAGAAUGGCAACGGCUCACAGUUGAGCUUUACUGAUCAAGAAAUUCGACGCCGCACUAUGUGGGCAUGUUUCUUGAUGGAUCGGUAUAACUCUUCCGGAAGUCAACGGCCACCUAUUGGAAAUGAAAAAUUCCUACAAAUACAGCUUCCUAUCAAGGAAGCUCACUUCCAGAUGGAGAUACCCGGCCCAACGGAAGAUCUUGACGGCGAUGUCCUUAAUCCUGUACCUGAAGAUGCAGGCCAAUUAUCUAAUGCUAAAGAAAACAUGGGUGUUUCAGCGUACAUUAUCCGCGCCAUCACCAUGUGGGGGCGCAUUGUUGACUACCUAAAUUUAGGUGGAAAAAGAAAGGACUCACAUCCGCUUUGGCAUCCAGAGUCAGGGUAUAUGCAGCUUAAGCGGCAAAUUGAGGAAUUCUCUGCGUCUCUUCCACUGCCUAUGACCUUCACCUAUGAAAAUCUUCAAAUCCAUGCAGCGGAGAAGAUUGCAAAUCAGUUCCUCUUCCUCCACAUCAUCAUACAUCAAAACAUGCUGUUUCUCAACCAGUUCGCCAUUCCCUUGUCCCCGGGGGGCCGUCCACCAAGAGAUAUGCCUAAGUCCUUCCUCAGCAAUGCAGGUCGAGCCGCGGUGGAAGCAGCGCAUCACAUUUCAGUGCUCUUUGAUCGCGCUUCGGCCUAUCCUCUUACUGUUCCUUUUGCUGGGUACUGCGCUUACUCGGCAAGUACAGUCCACAUCUGGGGGAUCUUCUCGAAGAACGUCCAGCUAGAGGCGCGCUCAAAAGAGAACCUCCGGCAUACCUACCGCUACCUCAAUAAAAUGAAAAAGUACUGGGGCAUGUUCCACUAUAUGGUUGAGAGUGCCAAGGAUCGGUAUCGGCUAUUCGCCGAUGCAGCUAUCAAGGGCUCUGUGGCAACUAAUGGCGCAUCGCUGGCACCGAUGUUCCAAUAUGGUGACUGGUUUGACAAGUAUCCCCAUGGAGUGUCAAGGGUGCAUUGGGAAGGCCCCGAUACUCGGCACAAAGAAACGGGCGAAGACGCAGUCAUGGGCCAGAAACCCGACCUCCAGAGCGUGGAAGAUUUCUUUGCCGGCCUUUCUCCUCCUUCGCAGCCAGGUCAACCCCGCAAAUCCCGAUCUCGCAAGAACAGCAAACUCUCAAAUAAUACACCAGGCAUGGACCAGACUUCACCGCAAUCAAUGAUGGAAGUAACCAUGGGAAAUACCCCAGGUGUUCCAGGCAGUGCAUUCCCACAGCCAUCCAUAUACCAACAAUCCCGACCAAUGUCAUUUGGCGAACCACCAUUCGACUUUAGUAUCCCACCGGACCAAUUACCGCAACUAGACCGGCAAUUUGUCUACGGUUCAUUUGCUGACUUCGACCCCAACUCGUUCGUUCCAAACAAUCCUCCUAUCCCACCGCUCGGCGUUGAAGCUCAAACUCCAGACCAAACAUUGUUCACCGGCCAUAUGGACCCUAGUGCCCCCGCUGGGAUGGGCGAGUUCUACCAGCCCAGCGCAUGGUUCCUUCCCUUCAACCUUGACCCUGUUAACGGUGGAAACCAACCAUCACAUGCUCCGCCCCCGGCUCCCAUACCUGGGGGAGGCAGUGGUGACGGCACGCCAUCCGGUAUCCCUCCUGUAGGCAUGUCUGACUUUGGAGGUACGGGUAUGCCUUUAAGCGCAUAUGAUCUUGGUUUAACUUCGAACUUGAAACCUUCACGGCCGUGA